AUGCAUUCAUAUUUCGCAUUUGAUUGCUAUGUUAUAUUUCUAAUAAGGGCAGAUAGUGAUUUUGAUGCAUCACUGCGCGAAUCGCCUCCAGAAGGCAAUUCGUUUGACGAAAAUCUUGCUGCAAUCAACUACUGCCGUCUUAAGAAAGAGGUGAAACUUCCAGUUUUUAUACCAAUUAGAGAGGCGUUCGAGUCACACAAGAUUUUUAGGGUUCUUAACAGGAAACAAGACGAACAGUUUGGUGUGGGCGAUUGCCUCAUGCUAAUAUCACGCCAAGGAGUCGGCCCAAUGGGACAUCGGUUAUCAGAAAUGGCAAAAACUAAAAGAUGUUUCCAACCUACAAAUUUUAUGGAGGCAGGAAAGAAACCGAAUGCACUCGCGUUUUGUAGUUCAGCAUAUUUCAUGUCAUUACCGAGGUGCUUUUUUAAUGGAGAUGAAAAGCCUUUGGGUGGAAGUCCACGUCUGAUUUAA